GCCAAUCAUUUGAAGACUUUUAGCUGGACCAGGGUGGAGCAUCCAUGACUAACAUCCAUUUUUGGAUAAGCAACUCCCUUUAAAAAGGUUGAAUCACUUUGGUGUGAGACAAGACAAAGGACAACCUUGAGCGUAACAUCUCUGCAGUUAAGGUGUACAGAGGUCUGCCAAACACUAGAUUUCAAGAUGGCUGACGCUGUAAUGGCGGAGUUUGGGGCCGCUGCUUCGUUCUUACGUAAGUCGGAAAAAGAGCGUCUGGAAGCCCAAACUCGUCCCUUCGACAUGAAGAAAGAGUGCUUUGUGCCUGACCCAGAGGUUGAAUAUGUCAAAGCCUCCGUCACCAGUAGAGACGGUGACAAAGUCACUGUUGAGACUGAAUUCGGAAAGACAGUAACUGUGAAGGAGGUUGACGUUCACCCUCAGAACCCGCCAAAGUUCGAUAAAAUUGAGGACAUGGCGAUGUUCACCUUUCUGCAUGAACCUGCUGUGCUGUUUAACCUCAAAGAGCGUUACGCAGCGUGGAUGAUUUACACCUAUUCAGGGCUCUUCUGUGUCACUGUCAACCCCUACAAGUGGCUGCCAGUGUAUGAUUCAUCUGUCGUCAAAGCCUACAGAGGAAAGAAGAGGACUGAAGCUCCUCCUCAUAUCUUCUCCAUAUCUGACAAUGCCUACCAGUACAUGCUGUCAGACAGGGAGAACCAGUCUGUCCUGAUCACUGGAGAAUCCGGUGCUGGUAAGACUGUGAACACCAAGAGAGUCAUUCAGUACUUUGCCAGCAUUGCUGCUGUAUCUGGCAAAAAAGAUGCAGCCUCUGAGAAAAAGGGUACCCUGGAAGAUCAAAUUAUCCAAGCUAACCCUGCCUUGGAGGCCUUUGGCAAUGCUAAGACCAUUAGAAAUGAUAACUCCUCACGAUUCGGUAAAUUCAUCCGAAUUCACUUUGGUGUAAGUGGAAAAUUGGCAUCGGCUGAUAUUGAGACUUAUCUUCUGGAGAAGUCCCGUGUCACUUAUCAGCUCAAGGCUGAGAGAGACUACCACAUCUUCUAUCAGAUCCUGUCUCAGAAGAAACCAGAACUGUUAGAGAUGCUGCUCAUCACAAACAACCCUUAUGACUAUUCCUACAUCUCCCAAGGAGAGACGCAAGUGGCCUCUAUUAAUGAUGCUGAUGAGCUGAUGGCUACUGAUGAAGCUUUUGAUGUGUUAGGCUUCAAUACAGAUGAAAAGAUGGGCAUCUACAAGCUAACAGGUGCCAUCAUGCACUUUGGCAACAUGAAGUUCAAACAGAAGCAAAGAGAAGAACAGGCCGAGGCUGAUGGCACUGAAGGCAAGUUAUGUUGUACAAUCAGUACUAACCGCCACUAGUGAAUUUAUAGAAAAUGGUUCAAAAUCUUUAACAAAACUUUUGAUCUUCCAAAG